AUGUCUACAGGAAGAAGGAAGAAGCACAGGCCGAGGAGGUUGUCAGCGUCGUCAAAUUUACCUUUACGACCUGAAAUGACAGCUGAUAAUGGGCGCCCUGGGCUGAAUGGACGGACGGCAGUGGAAGAUUCAGAGGGCCCAAAGACACCGAGGAUUGGAGUGCAAGUUCUCCCUUCGACAACCUUACGCAUCCCGUAUCUUACACGCCGCGCAAGCUCGAUUCUAUCGGCACCAGAAAGUCGUCCAGCAUCUUCACUUCGCUCUUUCAGAUUUCCUUUUGCGCCUGCUAGUCCUCGAGCAGCCACACCGCUACGGCAACACCAGCGACGAGCUUCCGACAGGACAAUUUUCCCUCGUGUGCAUCAGAGUCAACCCCGAAGAUUGGUGGGCGUAGACUCAGCUGAAGAUAGCCUAACCCAACCAGCAAACCUUGGACGACGACGGAGGCAGAGGGCCAAAAAGCCGGAGCGAACAUGCGUGUUAGAAAUCAAGAACAAUCGGAUACGGGCAAAGCUGGCAAGCUGCACAGUAUCUGGAAUAUUCCUAAGCUUAGUCCUGACAGUAUACAUAGCAAUGUCCCUCUCCGACCAGACCUUUGGCCAAGGAUUUCACAUCGUGCUCAUCAUCAUCAUCCUCUUGACUACCACCGUCUUCUGCCACUCCCUGAUCCGGCUCUGCAUGAUGCUUGCUAAGCCGCCGCCCGAAGGAUUCCAUGACCUCGAACGUCAGGCCAUCCCUGAAAUGUACAGAAGUGGCGGAUACGCCGAGCCUGUUCGCCCAUUCCAAGUCGCUCUCGCACGUGAUGAGGAAGCUGCAGGCAUCGAAAGCGAGGCUACGAAGGUGCCGCCCCCGGCCUACGGCCUGUGGAAAGAGACCGUUAGAGUUGAUCCGAACCGAAUUUUCUGGAAGAGGAACUCAGCGCCACCGGUGCCAGAGAUGCCGGAUAUGGGGCCCACGAGCAGGCCACCAAGCUACGCCAGCGAGAAUGGGUUCGACUAUGCGGUGGAGGAGCUGCCGAUACAUGUUACGCCUGGUGUCGAUGUGUCGUUGCCUAUCCACCCGUCGGAAAGGGGAAGGUUGGGGAGUGUGUAG